AAAUGCGUCUACUGCCGUAAGCGGAUGAAGAAAGUAUCGGGGGCCUGCAUCCAAUGCUCCUCCGAGCACUGCUCCACGUCAUUCCACGUCACCUGCGCCCACGCGGCAGGGGUGCCCAUUGAGCCUGACGAUUGGCCCUACGUGGUGUCCAUCACCUGCUUGAAACAUAAAGCAGCCAGCCACGUGCUUCCCUUUUCCAGAGAGGUCUCCUUGAGCCAGACGGUAAUUGCGAAAAACCGGAACGGCCUCUAUUACCGGUGUAAAGUGAUCGGGGUGACCACGCAAACCUUCUACGAGGUCAAUUUUGAGGAUGGCUCCUACAGUGAUAACAUUUAUCCGGAAAACAUUGUUAGCAGAGACUGCCUUCAGAUGGGGCCUCCUGGGGAGGGCGAGGUGGUCCAGCUGCACUUGACCAACGGCACCGCUUACCAAGCAAAGUUCAUUGCUGCCCACGUCAGCCAGAUCUUUCAGGUAGAGUUUGAAGAUGGCUCUCAGCUGAUGGUCAAACGAGGAGAGAUCUACACCCUUGACGAAGAACUUCCCAAGAGAGUCAAAUCUCGCCUGUCCCUGAGCAGCGGAGCGCCUCAGGAAGAGACGAUCUCAGGAGACGACUCGAAAGCAGCCAAGCGCCCGCGGGUGGGCACCCCAAAGAGCUGUGAAGACGGCGGCCCCGGGCCCAACUAUUUCGCCAUCAUGGAGACCCUCCUGCAUGCUAAGUUCUAGCCGAGGACGCCGAGAGGAGCUUCACCAGGCCGAUCAGCGCUUUAAUUUUCAAGGAAAGGAAAGGGGGGGUAAACAGCCCACCCCA